AUGAAUCGCGCGAGACCAGCAAGGCAGCCUGCACAGCGCAGGGUCGACCGCGAAAAGACCUGCCCAUCCCUCCUCCGCGUGUUCGUCAAGACCGGACAGCACCACGCAGACACCGACUUUACGAUCCAGCACGUCCCUUCUGCAGACGAGCACCAGCUGUACACCUGGCGCGACACGACUCUCCGCGAGAUCAUCAACCUCGUCCUCGACUCGUCACCGCGUAUCCGCACCCUCCUCAUCCCCUCCGUCUCGACCUCCUCCUCCUCGACCAACGCCGCAACUCCUGCUCCUCCCGCCGUGCACCUCCACUCUCCGAACGCCCGCCUCUCCCUCCGCAUCGUCUUCUUCGACCCUUCCCUCUCGCGCUUCACCUCAACCGACCUCGCCUCCUUCUCCGUCCGCGACCUCGUCUCCUCCUCGAACCCUCCUCCAGUCGCACGAGGCGGCGGAGUCCCCGCACACAUCAAGCUCGAACGCACUCUCGAGGACGCCAAGUUCGUCGCGGGCGACUUGCUCGACAUUGCCAUCAUCGGCGUAGGACCGCCCGACGCGAGCGCGCCUACGCUCGUCCCGCCUGCGGGUCCCGGUGCUCGCGGAGGUCCAGGAUCGUUUGGGAUCCGUGGAGCGGCGGGAGGAGCAGGAGCGGGCGCGAACGGCUUUGCCCCGCGCGGACCAGCAGCGGCAGGAGGACCUGGUGGAGGACCUGGGCCGAAGUGGGCGCUGCCUGGUGGACCGAGGGGUGGGCUUCGGGGUGCAGUAAACGCGAGGGGACCUGCGGAUCAGGGGUGGUCCGUGGCGCCGCGUGGACCGGCGGGUGGCAGGAGGGUGAGCGAGGGAGGCGGAGGAGGGAGGUACGAUGACCGCGACAGGCCGUCCGGACCGCCUCGACGACGCUCGUCCCGCUCACGCUCGCCUGCCGCUCGACCACCGACUGCCGCAGGGCUCGACUACGACCGUCCGCCGCACCAGCGAGGGAGGGACAGGUCGAGGUCGCCGGCGAGGCGGGGACGGGACGACGAUGUCGACAUGCGGGACUGA